AUGGGAACAUAUUUGGAGCAAAAUAGGAGGAUCAAGGGAGUAGUAGAUGUAGAUGAUGUUCAGGAGGUUGUGGAGGUGAGUUCAGUUGAAGCAAACAUCGCCUCUAAAAGGCCAAGCUCAGGGACAGCAGCCAAACAGAAUAAGAAAGCGUUUAUCACCAACAUGCAAGGUAAAAAGAAGUCUGUUGUGUCUGCCGCCAAUAGUUCCAAGCCAAUUGUUGCCAUGCUACGAAGAACACCUGAGGAUCUUGUAGAUGAAAGACGCUCUGGGUGUUCUCAAAGCACCAUGGAGUCCAGCACAAAGACUCUAGAAGAGAGGCAGUAUGUCAAUAUGCAGUGGGCAUUGUUCUUUUACGAGUGUGGGAUUCAAUUCAACGCUGCAAGUAGUAGGCAGUUUGAGGUUGCAAUUGAAGCCUCUUGUCAAUAUGGGUCAGGUUACAAGCCUCCUAGUGCACAUGAGCUGAGAGAGAAAUUGCUUAAUGAUUGUGUGAAGGAAACAGGACUUUUGAGGAGGCAACACGAGGCAGCAUGGAAAAAAUAUGGAUGCACACUCAUGUCGGAUGGCUGGUCGGAUAAAAGAGGACGCCAUUUGAUUAACUUCCUUGUUAAUAGUCCAGAGGGCACUUUCUUCUUGGAGUUGGUUGAUGCCUCAAGUGUAUGUCAUGAUGGUGAUAUGAUAGCUGAUUUGCUUGAGAAGAGAAUUCUGGAUGUUGGAAAAGAGAAUGUGGUACAAGUUAUCACCGAUAAUGGUGCUAAUUACAAGAAAGCUGGCCACCUUCUAAUGGAGAGGAUGCCUACUCUAUAUUGGAGCCCGUGUGCAUGUCAUUGCUUGGACCUAAUGUUGGAAGAUAUAGGAAAGUUGAAGGAAUUUAAGAAGCCUAUUGCAGGGGCUAGACGUGUCACAACUUUCAUCUAUAGACAUGGAAGACUUCUUAGUCUAAUGAGGAAGGCCACGGGUGGGGAUCUUGUGAGACCAGCAGCCACUCGUUUUGCCACAGCCAUCCUCACACUUAGGAGUUUGGUCAAGAACAAGGCUGCAUUGAGGAGUUUAUUUACAUCUGAAGAAUGGGUUGGAAACAAGUUAGCAAAAACACAAGUUGGCUUGAAUGUGCAAAAGAUUAUACUUUCAACGGAGUGGUGGAGCGCAAUUGAGGACUGCCUUAGAGCUUCAACUCCACUUCUUAGAGUUCUUUGA